AUGGGUGCGAUUCUUCAAAACCCUGGUGUGGCCAAGAAAAUGCAAGAGGAAAUCAAUUCAGUGGUAGACAAAGAGAGGAUUGUAAGUGAGCGUGAUAUAUCAAGCUUGGAGUAUGUGCAGUGUGUGGUGAAGGAGAUGUUGAGGUCAUAUCCGACGUCAUCGCUGCUGCUUCCACAUGAAUCAACACAAGAUUGCACAGUUGGUGGAUUCUUCAUUCCUGGGAGAAGCAGGCUUAUUGUCAAUGCUUGUGCUAUUGGAAGAGAUCCAUCAUUGUGUGAAGAUCCCCUGGCAUUCAAGCCAGAGAGGCUUAUGGGUAAAAAUGUUGAUAUUGUGAAAGACAAAGGCCUUUUUGAUAUGGUGCCUUUUGGAGCAGGAAGGAGAGGAUGUCCAGGGGCAGCCAUGGCCGUUGUGAGCAUGAACCUUCUUUUAGCUCAGCUAAUUCACUGUUUUGAUUGGAGCGUGGAAGGGGAUUUGGAUAUGACAGAAGUCUUUGGAUCCACCACGCCCAGGAGCGUGGAACUUCUCGCUCGUCCUGCCUUGAGGCUGUCUACCUGCCCUUAA